CAAUGGAUUCUUCUGUGGAUGAAUUUGAUGAUCAAGUUUCUUUAGACGAUGGUGAUUUUAGUAAUGACUCCGAUGAUGAAGAUCAUAAAGACAGUGCUGAUAUGAAUGAUAUUUAUUUAGAUGAAGCUGGUGAUGUGAGUGUACCUGUACCUGGUGAUGUAUAUGCUGCUGUACUCAGAGAAGAUCCACUCACAUUGGCAGCUAGAGGGAGUGGUGAUGGUAACCAAGAACAACAAGAUGAUGACAUAGAUGGUCUGGGAAAUACCAAGACACUCAAAGUGAUUCAUUUUGGACUUGUAUAAAACUGAGAAAUAGUGAAGCACCCUCAAGUGGCAGAGAAUAUACUUCAAUUUUGUCUGCUUUGCAGAUUUGUGAAAAAUAAAUAAAAUUAAAUCUUAUCUAAAAUUAAAUUACAUUUUAAAAAUGUGAUUAAGCAAAUUUACAGUUUUACAUUAUUUUGAGAAUUAUAAAUUUAUUUCAGUAAUUGUAAUUAUUUUUAAAAUGAAUUUUUAUUUUUAGUACCGGUAAUCCGGUAGUCUCAGUGGUGGUUACUCAUUCAAAGAAACAUUCUUUGUGUCUACUUUUUUUAAUACUCUAACUGACUGACUCAUGAACUCAACAAGCUCAUUGUUUCUUUAACUGAAUGUAAUUUUAGCUGAGGGAUCUGAAAAGAAAACUAAUAAUGCCAAGAUAGUACCAGUAUAUACAUGUACUGUAAAAUCUGUAUUAGAAGCUGUGACUUAAAAUGUUACAAUGCAACAGA